UCAGGCCAAGGGAACAUCUGCUUGGAAAGUCAGAAGGGUCUUGGCUAGAACCCUCGCUGCCCUCCUGCAGGCUGUUUCUUGGCCUGUCCAAUAGGGGUGUGGACGCCUGUUUCCUGGGUCACCCCUAGUGGCUGGCGUGGAGAUGGUGGGAUGGCUCCAUCUUGCAGAACUCCAAAGGCAUGAACCAGAGGCCUGACCUUGUGGGCAGCGGCUCCUCCUGGGCUUCUGGCCAGUUUCUUGCCCAUUCUCCUGCUGCCACAGGUUUGCCAGGAGCUGAGGGGAGAGCUGGGAUGCCGGGACUACCUGGCCCAGUUGGGGCCAAAGGGGAAAACGGCUCUGCCGGAGAUCCGGGACCCAAGGGAGACUGUGGAGCACGAGGACUUCCCGGCCCUCCAGGUGUGCCUGGUCCAGCUGGAAGAGAGGGUCCCUCGGGGAGGCAGGGCAGUGCUGGACCUGAAGGCAAAGCAGGCCCAAAGGGAGAGCCUGGACUGAAAGGAGACACGGGUCCGGCAGGCGCUCAGGGCUCUGCAGGGAUGAGAGGCCCCCCGGGUCUGAAAGGGGAGCGAGGGGUCCCCGGGGAACACGGAGCUCCGGGCAGCUCUGGGCCACCAGGGCGCGGAGGACUGCCAGGACCCAUAGGACCAGUGGGACCCAGAGGUCUCACUGGGCCCCCAGGACUGAAGGGGGACAGAGGGGACUCUGGAGAUGUCACUCUGAGGCAGCAGCUGGUGGCCUUACAGAAACAGGUGCAGGGCAUGCAGGAAGCCGCGGCGCAGAGGGAGAAAGCGGGGCUCUUCCCCGGUGGCAGCCGCGUGGGCAAGAAGAUCUUCAAGAGCGGAGGCUUCGAGAAGGUGUUCCAGGAGGCCCAGCAGGUGUGCGUGCAGGCCGGGGGCCAGCUGGCCUCGCCUCGCUCGGCGGCCGAGAACGAGGCCUUGCAGCAGAUCGUCACGGCCGCGAACAAGGCCGCCUUCCUGAGCAUGACCGACAUCAAGACGGAGGGCAAGUUCAUCUACCCGACGGGCGAGCCCCUGGCCUAUGCCAACUGGGCCCCGGGGGAGCCCAACAACAACGGCCAGGCCGAGAACUGCGUGGAAAUCUUCGGCAACGGCAAGUGGAACGACAAGUCCUGCGGGGAGAAGCGCCUGGUGAUCUGCGAGUUCUGA